UGCUUUUAGCUCAUUUUUUGGCACCCUUUCUCCAUAGCAGUUCUUGCAUUUGCUCUUUACGUGAGAGAGAGAGAGAGAGAGAGAUAGAGAUAGAGAGAGAGAGAGAGAGAGAGAGAGAGAGAGAGAGAGAGAGAGAGAGAGAGAGAGAGAGAGAGAGAGAAGGUUAGAGUGCUAGUGCUGGGUUUGUGAGGGACAGUGUUGUUGUUAUUAUUAUCGCUGCUUGUUUCUACCUCCUUGUCCUGGCGAAAGCUCGAGCGCUAAAAUGGAGGCGGAAAGAUCCGGCGGAGUAGCAGGGGGAACGAACCAGAACUCUGGAGGCAGCGGCGUGGGGCGCAACCCGAACGGGCCGAAAUCAGUACUCGGGCAGGCGACAACAGCAGCGGCCGCCGCGGCAGCAGCAGCCGGGGCAAUGGCUGGAUCGUCGCAGCCUAGGGAACCACAAGACUGCGACGCAGGCCUAUCGCUUCCUGGGAUCUUGCACUUUAUCCAGUUCGAAUGGGGACGCUUCCAGUCCGAGAAAUAUCGUUGGGAAGCCGAGAGAGACGAACUCAGGGCUCAGGUGACGUUCCUGCAGGGUGAGCGGAAGGGGCAGGAGAACAUGAAGCAGGACCUGGUCAGGCGGAUCAAGAUGUUGGAGUACGCCCUUAAACAGGAGAGGUCCAAACACCAGAAGCUGAAGACAGGCAGUGACCAGAGCCCAGGGGAGAAGAAACCAGAAACAGAGGUAGAACAAGUGCCUAAUGGGCCAGCAGAGUCCGAAUCUGAGCCAGCCAAUCAGAUGUCCUGGAAGGAGGGCCGUCAGCUACUGCGCAAGUACCUGGAGGAGGUGGGUUACUCGGACACCAUCCUGGACAUGCGUUCGAAGCGUGUACGCUCCCUGCUGGGUCGUACCAGCCCCGAGGCUAACGGGACCCCGGCCAGCAGCGAGCAGCAGCCCCCCCCAGACCCCGAGCCCCUGGCAGGGGGGGAGUCACUCCUCAUCAGACAGAUAGAGGAGCAGAUCAAGAGGAACGCGGUGGGGAAGGAUGGUUCUAAGGAGCGUCUGGGCGGCUCGGUGCUGGAUAAGAUCCCCUUUCUACACGGCUGCGAGGAUGAUGAUGAGGAUGACAGUGAUGAGGAAGAUGACUUCCAGGGCAUGGGCACGGACUGUAUAGACGGGCAGCGCAACAAGAACAAGAAGCCCCGCGUUAAGGUCCGAAUGGGGACUGAGCCCAUGACCACAGAUUUGGACCCUGAUGAUGAGGAGGAUGAAGAUGACUCAGAGGAUGCCCUGAGCGAGUUUGACUUCCUGGGAUCAGGGGAGGAGGGGGAGGGGGCGGGGGAGGCCCGGGUCUCAGGGGACGGCCGGGAGUUAGAGAACCGCAGGAACAAGUUACAGGGCAUGAUGUCGGACUUCCCCCCCAAACCCUCCCCGCCCCCCUCUGUGUCGGGACAGUCUCGCUCCGGGGAAGGUGGCGCUCUGGGCUUUUCCUCUGACGUCUUCAUCCUGGAUGCCGUCGGGGGCGGAGACAUGAACCUGGGAGAGCUGGCUGACCUCACCGUCGCCAAUGACAACGACCUCACCGUGGAUCUGCAGGAUAACCGGGAGGAGUUCAAGAAGACGUGGAACCCUCGUUUCACGCUGCGUAGCCAUUUUGAUGCCAUCAGAGCGUUGACAUUCCACCCCAGCCAGGCUGUUCUACUCACAGCCUCCGAGGACGGAACCCUGAAGCUGUGGAACCUCAACAAGGCGAUACACUCCAAGAAAAAUGCAGCGCUGGACGUUGAGCCCAUCUACACCUUCAGAGCCCACAGUGGUGCAGUUCUGUCUCUGGCCAUGGGAGAGGACGGCGACUCGUGCUACAGCGGGGGUCUGGACGGAACCGUGCGCUGCUGGAAGAUCCCAGACCUCAACGUGGAUCCCUACGACAACUACGACCCGGGCAUAGAGAGCAGUGUGUUGUCGGGUCAUGAGGACUCAGUGUGGGGUCUGACGUACUCUGUCCCCCACCAUCGCCUGGCCUCCUGCUCUGCAGACGGGACCGUUCGCAUCUGGGACCCCCAGAACUCUGCCCCCUGUCUCUCCGUCUUCAACAAGGAGAAAGAGCACGGAACACCAACCUCAGUGGCCUUUGUGAACUCUGACCCCGACCAGGCGGUGGUGUCAUUUGACGGCGGCGAGACGCUGCUCUAUGACCUCAACACAGAGCAGAGCAUCAUGGUCCUGGAGACCGGGACUAAGGACGGCAGUGAGCUGAUUAAUUGUGUGGUCAGCCACCCCUCUGAGCCCAUCUCCAUCACCGCACACGAGAAUCGCACUAUCCGCUAUCUCGACAACAAGACAGGUAAAGUGAUCCACUCCAUGGUGGCACACCUGGAUGCAGUCACCUGUCUGACCACGGACCCCAAAGGCACUUACCUCAUCUCUGGCAGCCAUGACUGUUCGGUGCGUCUGUGGAUGCUGGACAACAGGACGUGUGUGCAGGAGAUCACGGCCCACAGGAAGAAGCAUGACGAGGCCAUUCACGACGUGGCCUUCCACCCCUCGCAGCCCUUCAUCGCCUCGGCCGGCGCCGACGCACUCGCCAAGAUCUUCGUCUGAGAGGAGGCACAGACAGGGACUCACCAUCAUCCUCACUGCCCGACAAUCACAACUUGGACAGAGGAGAGUGAUGACUACAAUGGACAAACCUCACCUGCCUACACACACAAUUCCACAUUCACAGUUAAACAUACACAUCCAGUAACAUACACACACAAAACUGUGUCCUGCACCCCACUGGCUGGGUCAUUGCCACAGGACACUAUUACCCACAGUUCUCUAGCUAUCCCAUGAUGCCUCAGUAACUUGCUGCGAUACUAAUCAUACUGCUUUUCUAACGACUUACCUGGCAGCUCGUUUUAUUAGGUCAGUUUACUACACUACAAAACUCUAUUAAUUUCAACUUUUACAGUCCACUCAUGGUUAUUAUAAGGCAGUGUGUGUUGACUUUGAUCACUACGCAUGCCGAUGCAUCACCUACUACAAUUAGUGACACACACACACAGGUUAACAUUCAGUUUGAAACGUGUUUUUUAGCGAUAAGAAGCUUAGCUCACCAGUUGCUAACACACAUAAGUACCUAACUACAGUAGAGUCCAGUCCCCACCCAGUGAUGGCAGUAGCCAUUGUCUACUGCAACACAGUGUGGGGGCACAAUGCAUUUCAUUCCAAAGACUUCUGAGGGUUUUAGUUUGUGUGUGUUUUGGAGACGCCUCCUAACCAUUGUUGGACAAACAACUUUAAUUUUAGCCUCAUCGCCAAGACACUAAGUUUGAGUGUUUGUGUGUCCGGUAUUGUACGGUCAUCCAUUUCAGUAGAAUUAACUUUGAUAGGAAUGGUGUGUGUGUUGCACUUGUUUAAUCUUGGUGCUAAGACCUCGUCAGUCCAAGUCUGAAUCAGGGACCUGUUUGCAUUUGAGCUGUGUGUGUGUGUGUGUGUGUGUGUGUGUGUGUGUGUGUACUGUUUGUCUCCCACUGGGAUAUUUGUCAUCAACAGUAGCUUGAUAUGGCUUGCAUCAUGCGUCACUCUCCAGCCAUGCCAUCUGUUUGUGUUGAGAUACUGUAAGGGUCAUUUUGAUCUCAUAGGAAGACUAACACGCUAUGCUAAGCAGACACUUUUCUAUUGGUUUACUUUCAUAUUUUUGUAUGUGUGUGUGUGUGAAGUUGGCCUUUGUCAUUUCUUCAGGAUAGCUGGUUUGUGAAAGAGUAUGUGGAGUUGAUGCCACAGUGGAGCCCUCUGACUGAAACGGUUGACGUUACCAGAAAGUGGCACUACUCCCAAGAUGGCGUCCUGUAUUCUCACUCCGUUCCAUAUGUCGGCAUCAAGUCAGAAUGGUCCUUGGUGCUGGUGUAUUUAUUUAGGCUUGUGCUUGGAAACAAUCAUAUUAUCCAUUGAAAUGACUGUUGUUGAUUUGGUUUCUGGUGCGAGGCAGGUCGCAGUUGCACUGCACUGACUUGCCCAGCGUGCUCAUAGUGGGAAACUGGCCUCCCUCCCGUGUCAAUGGAGCCAGCAGGGGAAAUUGCCCCCAGGAUAUGGGAACAAAAGCAACAUAAAGAGCCCUCCUUCCUGUCCCUUUCCCCUAUGGAGAGGAAACAAGAACAAACACUACCUAACCCCCGAGCCCCCUUACAUUGGCCUCCGCGACAAAGACUGAACUAGACAGGGUUGGUGACUGUUCACCAAGCGGUCACUUUGUGCUUGGAUUAUUGUGGAGCUAUUUUUCCUGGAUGGCUCUGAGCUGUGGGCGACCGCUAAAGACUGACAUUAUGGGUGAUGUCGUUGGGUAGCCGGCCUCCUGGAUCCGUCAAGUUUAUUUUCGAACUUUCCGGGGUGGAACAGAGGCGGGGGGAGCCCUGAGGGCAGAUCUCUGGCUGUGGAAACAUGGUUCAACAUGGUUCUACAAGCCAGGGCAGAGCAGGGCAUGGCAGUAAAUAAUGAAUGGUCCAGUAGCACCAUGUCAAUCAGUAACUGGCCCUGAGCUGCCCCCAACCCUACUAAUCAACCCCUAGCACACCCCAGAGGGAGGGGGUAGAAGUCAUCCCAAACCACUGAUUCCAGAUCAAAUAUUUCUUCAUCUCCUUAAUGGUUAAAGGAAGCAUUGGGGUUAGGGUAAUCUGAUCCUAUGUCUGUGGUUAAGGUCAACUUUAACCAAGAGCCCCUACAGUACAUGCUACAGGGUCACUACAGGGGUCAGAGAAUCAGAGAAAUGACUGAGAGGUCAACGUUUUCCUCUCCACUGCAAGACCUUAUGGGAAAACACUCUGGUCUGAUCAGACAGGUUUCUCUGGGCUUGGUUAAGUAAAUAUCAGCUUCAUGUGUUUGCUUUAACAUGAUUGUUUCAGAUGUAUUGAAUUUGAUGAGGCAGAGAGAAUGCCUAAGUGCUUCUGUAGCACAUUGUGUGCUGUAAUCCUUUGUUAUUGAGAGGAUAACUAUAGUACACAGUUGUCAAUCACUCAGCUGAUGGUAUCACCCACACUAACUAACGGUUGGCUAUAUGCUGCACUACAUCAGCUGCACUAGACUCCCAAGACUAGACCAAGAGCUUAUCUGUAGCUCGUAUGUGUCUUAGUCUGGCUGUGGAGACCAGGGCCCAGUUUCCCAAAAGCAUCUUAAAGAGCGACUGCCCCUAAAAAGCAACUUCUUGUUUUGUAAAGGGCCUAUAUGGCAUCGAUAUGAGUCAGAAACAUUUAUUCUACUGUCAAAAUUGAUUACAAAGUGUAAAUAGGAUCAUUUUGGUCAUAAAGUCAGUCUCGUCCAAAAUGGAGAUUUGCGAGAUAGGAAAAAAUGGUAUGUCACGGAAUGAAGGGUACCGUAACAGUCUUCCGUAGUUUCAGUUUAUUUUAAUCAGCAGCACCCAAGUAAUCAUCAAUUCUGAGCGCAGCUGCACACGACCAGAUCGUAAUGCUCAUGGUCAAUUUGGUUUGACUUUCGAUAUUCCAAUGGGGCUAGUUAGGGACCAUCAGUGGACAUGGGACAAUAUUUUAAAUGUUCAACCCAACUAUACUUUGUAGAAAACCAAAUAUAAAUCAUAUAGCAAUAUUGGAAGCAUUUAAUGAGACACCUAAAAGAUGUGCAACAUGAAAAAAUUGUCCCAUUUACAUUGUGUAAUUUAUUGACGGUCCCUAAAUAUCCCCAGAGAUAAGCUAUCCAAAGUCAAACCAAUUUUGCCACAGUCGCACACCAGCGGCUGAAGCUAAUUGGCGAAAUGAUUUGGCUAACUCUUCCCACCUGUGAACAUGCACAAGAGACACCCACAUCAAAGCACACCCCGAAACCAACUUGCGUUUGAAUUCAGUUGAGGCUGCUAGCGUUUGUUAAUUAACCAAAUCUAAAACGAGGCUAAAUAAGGAAGUGCAGUCACCCUUCAAGUCCAAGUUCAUCGUAAGAACCUUCAUAGAAGCAUUGUCAAAUUUCCAAGCUGUUUCCCAAAACCAUUGUAACUAAAGUUGCAUUUGAAAACACUCGUUAUUUUCCCGACACACCUCAGCUAAGUGCGUCGUUAGAUGCUUUUUUACCCUUCCUCGUCACUUUAUACACAGAACAGAAGAUCUCAGCUAAACAUAGACUCUAUAUGUUUAUCGGUCUCUCUGUGAACGCAGAUAACUUCAAAAUGAAGUUGACUGCUAAAAAUACAAAGUUGCCAAUGUCUUUGCGAUUGUUCCAAACAAGCGAAGAUACAAAGAUGCUUCAAAUAAAAACCGAGUUGACUGUGGGGCGCAGAAGGACAAACAAAAAUAUAAAUACAGAUAGUAGGCUUAUAUAGGCUGAAUACAAAGGCCUGUUUAUUUAAAUCAUAUUGAAAUCAAUUUCAUGUUCAAACAAUUGAGUUAUAUUUUGCUGGCUAGCCUACUUCCUGCAAUGUUUGCCUCUAUAUAUUUCAUGAUGUGUAACGUGCGCAGUGAUAUGCCAAAUCUGUGAUUCUUGCAUUAUUAUUGGGUAAGCAUUAGAAUAAGCCGGCUCAAUAUUUGCGGCCAUUAGGUGAUAAUCUCUCUAGAAGCUGAUCCGUUAAGGUAAAAUAUAAAUAGAGAAAGCUGUUCCGAGAGCAGCUCUGCCUUUCUUUCGAUCCUAUCAGUAUCGACACAUGCUCCAACGACACACUUGGCGAACGUUCUUUCUGCGUGGUGUUUUGGGAAAUGCAUGUUACAUCUUCGGCUGUUGUAGGAAUGAUGCAUUGUUAAAACACUUGUAAGCCUAAAUUCCAUCGCUAUUGGGAAACCAGGCCCUGAAGUGUCUCACUGGUAUUUCUCCUCCCUUCAUGUAAAUAUUAAGACUGCAUGAGUGUGUUGGAUGAACUCUGCACUCAGUGUCUGUGUGUCAGUCAGUGUACAUGUACAGUGGGGAGAAUAAGUAUUCGAUACACUGCCGAUUUUGCAGG